GGCCGGGGCCUCUGAUGCCUCUCUUGUCUCUCAGCUCUUUGGUUAGCUUGAUGGAGACGUUCAACGAGAAGGCAGAGCAGCUGAUGGAGAUUCUGGAGGCCAAAGCAGAUGGACAGACACCAGUGUCCAUGCAGGACAUGCUGACCUGCACCACCAUGGACAUCCUGGCCAAGGCAGCUUUCGGCAUGGAGACGAGCAUGCUGCUGGAUGCCCAGAAGCCCCUGCCCCGAGCAGUCAGAGUGAUGCUGGAGGGUAUCACUGCGUCCCGCAACACCCUGGCCAAGUUUCUGCCAGGGAAGCGGAAACAGCUCCGAGAGAUCCGGGAGAGCAUCCGCUUUCUGCGCCAGGUUGGCAAGGACUGGGUCCAGCGGCGCCGGGAGGCCCUCAAGAGAGGGGAGGCCGUUCCCGCAGACAUCCUCACGCAGAUCCUCAAAGCUGAAGAGGACGCUCAGGACGACGAGGUUCUGCUGGACAACUUUGUCACCUUCUUCAUUGCUGGUCAUGAGACCUCUGCCAACCACUUGGCCUUUACGGUGAUGGAGCUGUCACGCCAGCCAGAGAUCGUGGCCAGGCUGCAGGCAGAGGUGGAUGAGGUCGUGGGUUCUAAGAGGCACCUGGACUGUGAGGACCUGGGGAGGCUGCAGUACCUCUCCCAGGUCCUCAAAGAGUCGCUGCGCCUGUACCCACCUGCCUGGGGGACCUUUCGCCGACUGGAGGAGGAGACCUUCAUCGAUGGGUUCAGCACCUAUGUCAUGGGGCGGAUGGAAACGUACUUUGAGGAUCCACUGACGUUCAACCCUGACCGCUUCAGCCCUGGAGCACCCAAGCCUCGCUUCACCUACUUCCCCUUCUCUCUGGGGCCUCGCUCCUGCAUUGGACAGCAGUUCGCUCAGAUGGAGGUGAAGGUGGUCAUGGCCAAGUUGCUGCAGAGGCUGGAGUUCCGCUUGGUGCCCGGGCAGCGCUUCGGCCUGCAGGAGCAGGCCACUCUCAAGCCUCUGGACCCCGUGCUGUGCACAUUGCGGCCUCGAGACUGGCAGCCUGCGCCCCCGCCACCCUGCUGAGGCCUCUGGGGGCUCCAGGCAGGAUCAGACUC